AUGCCCUGUGUCCAAGACGGAGUCCAAACCAUAGAGUUUUCGAGGGAGGUAAACCAGUUGGCUGCCCAAUUUAGGGAGGCAAUGAUAAGUCUUCAUUAUCAUGAGUUAAUAAUUAGUAAAUAAUAUAGUUUUAGCCUUAACUCAUGAUAAAUAGACUUAUAUUUGUGUUAAAGCAUGAAAAGUGGUUUUCAGUUGAUUAACGUGAAUUUUUGGGUAAUUAUAUGAUUUUAUACGAUUUUUACAGUCUUAGUUUUGAGAUAAACGAAGAACAAGAAAUAAAAAUAAAAAUAUUGCAAAAUGGGGAGACCCGCCGGCCAGCCGGGCCCGCAAGCGGGUCGGAAGCGCAGUCGGGGAGUAGCCGCGAGCAGGGGCUCGAGCGGCUUGCUUGGAUCGAUAGGGGCACGUGUGCGCCACUCCCCUUCCACGUCACCGGUGGUCAGCCGGCUGUGGGGCAAGGAGUGGUCGUACACGCGAGAGGAUUUUGCCCACAAAGCUAACUUUACUAUAUAUUCGCCCAAAUAAUUCGCGCACAACCGAUGUGGGACUAAACCCGCGUCACACCUUGUUCAGGGGCGGGCGACCGCCGCGGGUUCGAAUCCUCCCAGAGUCAAAAUUCAUAUAUCUUUAACUGAUUAUCGCGACUUUCCUGCAGAUCGCCAGUGAAGGAUUAAGCAACCGGAAUCGCUGGAUCAUCGGCGAAAAUCUCGUCAACGCGAUUCGCGGAGCAUUGCUACUAAAAUUUCUGAACGAUUCGCGAUAAAAGGAUCGCAAUCCAUCGAGUAAAUCAUCUCCGAUUGAUCGACGAACAAGCCGCCGUCGGGAAGAGGACGAUCCGCCGGGAGACCAGUCGCCACCUCCUGAGAGCGUACCAGAUGCGAUGAAGAGCCUCCUCUUGCUGCGCGGACCUGAGGAUGAAGCUCCCUAACACGCGCCUCACCUCCAUCCAGCCCCUCUCCGUCGGGUGACAGCCGCCGGAGAGCUGCAAAGUCGCUGUUUUUCCGCUCCGCCGGGUGACAGCCGCCGGAGACGAUUCGACGACCCACUUCAUUGGUCUCUAGACUUCGCGAGAAGAUCUAGAGAUUGCCCACGUCAUCUUUGUCCAAGGAGAGCCUUCGAGGCCGUGGACACUGCACGACGACCCUCCCGAACGCUCAGGAUUCCGGUGCAUCACCGACGCGUCGCCGUCGCGACGCCGGAACUCUGUUUUCUUACUUUAUCUAG